AUGGUGAACCCUGAGCAACUAGACAGACAGAUGGAGAGCUGGCAGGCAGCGACUGCCUAUGGAGAAAUGGGUCCGGGAGGGAUUAAUGCCAUCGCUGGAGUCCUUGUUCAGUCCAGCAAAGAGAAGAUGAGCAUCUACCAGGCCAUGAUGAGAGGCGUUCUCACACCGGGGACUGCGCUGGUGCUGCUGGAGGCACAGGCUGCCACAGGGUUCAUCAUCGACCCAGUGAAGAACAAGAAGGUUCCGGUGAGAGACGCACUCGCUGCUGGACUGACAGGUAGAGAUUAUCACGGGAAGCUGCUCUCUGCAGAGAGAGCAGUGACCGGAUACACUGACCCCUACACAGGCAACAAGAUCUCCCUCUUCCAGGCCAUGGACAGAGACCUGAUAGUCAAAGACCACGGCAUCCGCCUGCUGGAGGCCCAGAUCGCCACCGGCGGCAUCAUCGACCCCGUGCACAGUCACCGCCUCCCCGUGGAGGUGGCUUACAAGCGGGGCUACUUCGACCAAGAGUUGAACCGGAUACUUUCUGACCCCCAAAAUCACAGCAGAAGCUGUUUCGACCCCAACACGCACGAGAACCUCACCUACAUGCAGCUCCUCAGCAGAUGCAUCCCAGACCCAGAUACGGGGCUCCUGAUGCUUCAGCUCAUGCACAAAGGCUCCGUGCUCUUCCAGCUAGAUGAAAAAACACGAAUCUCCUUACAGUCUGCCCCUGCCACCGUCAGCGUGGGACUCUUCCAGGGGCAGAACGUGACCGUGUGGGAGCUUCUCUUCUCCAGAUACGUCCCUUACCAAAAAAGGCAGGAGCUUCUGAAGAAGUACAAAGCGGGGACGCUAACCAUUCAGGAAAUGACAACCAUCAUCACCACUCUCAUCACCGAGGCCGAGCAAAAAAGCAGCAGAGAGCCCGGGCACAUGAAAAGUCUGAGCACACAAUGGGCAACGUCACAGAACGCCGAGGCUGCCCGUGCGCAGAGAGAUGAAAAACGGGAGAAGGCCUUGAAGACUACGACAGUCGACGGCCCGGGGGGCGAGUUCGAAGGGCAAAAGGUCUCUGUGUGGGAUCUGCUCUUCUCCAAAUACGUCCCUGAAGAGAAAAGACAAGAGCUACUAAAAAAGUACAAAGCAGGGACACUUGCCAUUCUUGAAAUGAUAACCGUCAUCACCACCAUCAUCACCGAGAUUGAAGGGAAAAGCAGAAAACUCCCCACAACUAGGAAAAACCCCAGCAAAGAGACAAGGACGCCACCUAAGAAAGACAAAGAUGUCCCCUCCUUUGAAGAGCAACAAACGGAAAAAGCCUUAAAGUCCACACUGGUGGAGGUGCCAGCAGGCGAGUUCCAUGGCCGAAAAGUCUCUGUGUGGGAUCUGCUCUUCUCCAAAUACAUCCCCGAAGAGAAGAGGAAGGAGCUUUUGCAGUUGCACAGAGCUGGGAUAUUAACCACGGAGCAAAUGAAAACCAUCGUCACCACCAUUGUAAGCAAAACAGAGGAGAAAAGUCACCGUCCACCAGGACAUGGGGAAAGUCCCAGUGUGGAGACAACAACAUCAGAGGAAGCUGAGACUCCCGACUCACCGUGCGACAAACAUUUGGAAAACAUUUUGCGGUCAGAGACUGUCGAUGUUCCUGUUGGGGAAUUCAAAUGGCAGGAGGUUUCCCUGUGGGAGCUUCUCUUCUCUAGCUAUGUCUCUGAAACCAAAAGACAGGAGCUUCUGAAAAAGUACAGAACAGGGACGCUAACCAUUCAAGAAAUGAUAACCAUCCUCACCUCCAGCAUUACUGAGGCCAAAGGGAAAAGCAGAAAACUCCCCACAACAAAGAAAACCCCUUGCAAAGAGACAAGAACACCAUCUGAGAAAGACAAAGAUGUCCCCUCCUUUGAAGAGCAACAAAUGGAAAAGGCCUUAAAGUCAACCCUGGUGGAGGUGCCAGCAGGCGAGUUCCAUGGCCGAAAAGUCUCUGUGUGGGAUCUGCUCUUCUCCAAAUACAUCCCCGAAGAGAAGAGGAAGGAGCUUUUGCAGCUGCACAGAGCUGGGAUAUUAACCACGGAGCAAAUGAAAACCAUCGUCACCACCAUUCUACAUCUCUGA